AAAUUGUAGCCAAUUAGCCAUCCAGUCCAGUCCGUAACACCCAUCCAAACAAGCUGUUAGUGAUUAGCUUUUGAAGCUAUUGCAAAUCUUCCUUAAAUUUCAGUUCUGAGCGGUGGAAAAUUGUGCGACGUGGAAGACGAUACAUUCAAUAAUCUUACGUGGUUUAAAAAAAGGGAAUUGAGAAGAGCACAUUUCAAAUUAAACCUGGAGAAACUCUAGUCCAGAAAUGGCCAUGUCCAUGUCUCUGCGACUUUGUUGCCGACCCUCUUUUUCUGGCUUAAAGAAUAAAAGAGAUUUGCUGGCCUUAGAUUUGGCAGCUAAUCAUUUGAAUAUCCCAAUGGGUAAAUGGUUUAGUGGUGUAACAAAGUUCACUCCCUUUGAGGGAUAUGUUAAGUUUGUGCAAACAACAGCAAGAAUAACAUUUCCAAAGAUCUCAUCAGAUUGUAAAGAUAAUGCGCCAUCGAAUUUUUUGAGUCACAAGAAGAUGGUUCCUUAUUCGGAUCCCCCUAGCAUGAAAGAUGUGGACAGUUUGUAUGAAUUCUUUGACAGGAGUACCAAGCUUGUUGUAUUGACGGGAGCUGGCAUGAGCACAGAGAGUGGAAUUCCGGACUACAGGAGCCCGAAUGGAGCUUAUAGUACUGGUUUCAAACCAAUUACCCAUCAGGAGUUUCUCAGAUCAGUCAAGGCUCGAAGGCGUUAUUGGGCACGGAGUUAUGCUGGCUGGAGACGUUUCACUGCUGCUCAACCUAGUACAGGUCAUAUAGCUCUAUCAUCUCUUGAGAAAGCAGGCCAUAUAAGUUUUAUGAUUACACAGAAUGUGGACAGGCUGCAUCAUCGGGCUGGCAGCAGCCCACUUGAAUUGCAUGGGACUGUCUACAUUGUCGCCUGUACAAAUUGUGGUUUUACUCUACCUCGAGAACUGUUUCAAGAUCAAGUGAAGGCUCAUAAUCCCAAGUGGGCAGAAGCUAUCGAAAAUUUGGACUAUGACAGCCGAUCAGACAAGAGCUUUGGAAUGAAGCAAAGGCCUGAUGGGGAUAUUGAGAUCGAUGAGAAAUUCUGGGAGGAGGAUUUCUACAUUCCUAAUUGUGAGAGGUGCCGAGGAGUUCUGAAACCUGAUGUUGUCUUCUUUGGGGAUAAUGUCCCUAAAGCUAGAGCGGAUGCUGCCAUGGAAGCUGCAAAGGGAUGUGAUGCCUUCCUUGUACUUGGUUCAUCUAUGAUGACCAUGUCUGCUUUCCGGCUUAUCAAAGCUGCGCAUGAGGCAGGUGCUGCUACUGCAAUUGUAAAUAUUGGAGUUACACGAGCUGACGCUCUUGUACCUUUGAAAAUUAGUGCUCGAGUUGGAGAGAUACUCCCAAGAUUGCUCGAUGUUGGAUCCUUGAGUAUCCCUGCUCUCUAGUUCCAGAUACAGAACAGUGUUAUUAGCAUCCGGAUUCUUUUUCAUCAGUUGCUGCAACGGAUUGUACACCUGGCUGGAACGUGCAACUUUGCUGCAUUUAACGUGUCGCAAACUCACUACCACCUUGAUGUUGUUGUAACUCUUAAAAAUGAACUGCUCAAGUACCCCACAUACUCUAUCGACACCUUUACGUAUAGAUCUCUGUAUUUCAAUACAGUUCGACUAUUUAGAAAUGAAUAUUGGGCUUUUCUUAUUAGUGAAUUGAAGCUGAAAGUCAAGAGCACAAACGAUAUUGCUUGGAAUUGGCAAAUCUUUAAAGUC